UUCCUCCCACAUGCCAAAAACAUGCAUGGUAGGAUAAUUGAAGACUCUAAAUUUAAAAGAAAUUAGUGCAAGAAAAGUAAAACUUGUUGCACCAUUUGUAACCUAUAACCUGGACAACUCAAUUUUAUUUUAUUUUUUAAAUCUUUUUGAGAGAGAACAAGCUAUUGGGAAUAAUGUGGUUGCAUAUGUUUGCACACCUUCAUAUAACUGGAAUGUGGCUGUGUUCAGAAUUAACAAGACACGUGUUUGGGAGAUUUUGUUUUGGUCCAAUGAAACCAAGGUUGAACGUGUAAAUCUAAAAGGUAUAUUUGGCACAAACGCAACACUGCUCAUUACCAAAAGUGAAGCGUGAGUGUGGGAGCAUCAUGCUUUGCGGCUGUUUUCCGUCACCUGGAGCUGCCUUGGACUAGGUGGAAGAAAUUAUGAACAGUUUGAACUAGCAGUCAGUGUUAGCCCAAAACCUUCAGGCUUCUGCCAGAAAGCAAACAAAAAAGAAUCAGGAAGAGCAUUCUAGAACAGCAGAAAUUUAUUGGGGUUAAUUCAGAAGCACUUUAAAUGGUGUGUGCUAACUCCCAUUUAACAUGAGUUGAAAUGUGAUUGGUAAUUUCUGAACACAGCCACAUCCCAGUUAUAAGAUGGUGUGCAUAAUUGUGCAACCACGUCAGUUGCUUAUUUUCACUUCCCCUUUCAAAGUUUUUUUUUUUCUGUUGCUUUGUACAGUUUAAAGGUCACAUUAAUGGUGGUUUAUUGUGGUCUUGUUUAGUUUUUUUUUUUUUUACCAGUAUCACAAACCUUUUGAACAGGGGGAAGAGACUUAUAUAUAUAUAUAUAUAUAUAUUUAUUUAUUUAUUUAUUAAAUUUUUUGGGUAUCCACUAUAGAAUAGUUCAGUUAUUACACAUAGUGCAUGUGAGGGGUGAGAUACUGAACUAAUGUGAUCUCACACUGAAGGAAUGAACUAGUGAAGUGUGUGUGACACUAACUUGAAGAUUGAGGGAGAAAGAAGUGCCAGGUUUUUCCCCAAAACCCCUGAGCUGUCAGAAGGGAGUGCCAGUCCUCCCCACAGUAACACAAAAAACAAGCAGUCAUUUGAUCUUGGGAAAGUGAAUGAACCGAAUCACGUGUGCAUCUGAGUGGUGACGGGUGUCUCUAACAAUGUCAAACGAAGGUUCUACUUUUCUUUUUUCUUUUUUUUUUUUUUUUUUUUUUUUUUUUUUUUUAAAUAUAACUUUCCAUCACACACCGUUCUCCCUGAUAUCUUUGCAUAUGUGCAAAGUCAGCCCUGGUAACCAACACCCUUUUAAUACACCGGUACAGGUCAAACCUGACUCAGCAUGUUUACAUUUGCUGCUUAAAGUGGAUGUAAAAAAGAGUGUUACCUAUAUUACCUAUAGAGGCUGCACAGAAUACUCUACAUUGUGUAUUGGUGUGAGGCCGAAUUGAUGUUUGUCUAUAUGAUCUGUGAUUGGCUGGAGACCAGUGAAUCUAAUGACAAGCGCUAUAGAAAAUUAAUGGAUAUUACCUGUACAAUUCAACUGGAAAUUACACUUGUUAAAGAUGCAUACCCAAGCCAUGGCACUACUACCACCAUGCAUCACUGAUUAGGUGGUAGUCAAGUCCAUAAAUAUUUGAACAUCUACACAAUUCUCAUCUUCUUGGCUCUUAACACCACCACAAUUGGUUUGAAAUGAAGCGAACAAGAUGUGCUUUAACUGUAGACUUUUGGCUUAAAUAUGAGGUAUUUACAUCCAAAUCAUGUAAACGGUGUAGGAAUUCAGUUUGUAUCCUGUGCUGUGAAAAAGUAUUGGCCCCCUUCUCAAAUGCUUGUAUUUUGCAGGUUUCCCCACUUUAAGAUCAUCAAAUAAAUAACAGAAAAAUAUAACCCCAGUGAGCUUAAAAUGCUAUUUUUAAAUGAUUUCAUUGAUUUAAGGGGGAAAAAAAUUCACAGUUCCUGGCCCUGUGUGGAAAAAGUAAUUAGGGUUACAAAAGCCAUUUCUAAAGCUUUAGGAUUCCAGCAAACCAUAAGGUGAUGCAUUAUUCUCACAUGGGGAAAAAAAAAGGGAAAGUGUGGAAAUGUCGCAGGAGUGGCCGGCCUACAAAGAUUACUGUGAGAGAACAGCAAUGACUCAUCCAGGAGGCUACAAAGGAACUCAGGACAAUUUCUAAAGAACUGCAGGCCUCCCUUGCCUCAGUUAAGGUCAGUGUUCAUGACACAACAAUAAGGGAGAGACUGGGCAAAAAUGGAAUCCAUGGCAGAGUUCCAAGGCAAAAACCACUGCUGACCAAAAAGAACAUAAAGGCUUGUCUUACUUUUGCUAAAAGAUUAAAACCUGAAUGAUUUGCAAGACUUGGGAGAAUAUUAUCUGGACUGACGAGAUGAAAGUUGAGCUUUUUGGAAGGUGUGUGUCUUGUUACAUGUGGUGUAAAUGUAGCACAGCAUUUCAGAAAAAGAGCAUCAUACCAGCAGUCAAAUAUGAAGGUAGUAUGAUGUUCUUGGGCUGAUUUGUUACCUGGGCAACUUCCUGUGACUGAUGGAACCAUGAUUUCUGCUCUUUAACAGAAAAUCCUGAAGGAGAAUGUUUAGCCAUCAGUUUGUGACCUCAAGCUGAAGCGCCCUUUGGUUUUGCAGCAGGAUAAUGAUCCAAACCACACCAGCAAGUCAACUUCUGAAUGGCUUAAAAAAACAAAAUGUAGGUUUUGGAGUGGCCUCGUCGAAGUACAUACUUGAAUCUGAUUGAAAUGCAGUGGCGUGACCUUAAAAAGGCCGUUCAUGGUCGAAAAGCCUCCAUUUUUGCUGAAUCGACACAAUUGUGUGAGGAAGAGUGGGCCAAAAUAUCUCCACAGAGAUGUGAAAGACUCAUUGCCACUUAUAGAAAACGCUGGAUUUCAAUUGUUGCUGCUGAAACUGGCCUUUACCAUGGCACUGUAUGUGUCGCCCACUUUUUAAGGGACCAAAUGUAAUGGGACAACCCUGAAUGUCAUAAGCGGUAUUGACAAUGGAUGAAUGAAUGUUUCUCUUAGUUUUUGUCAAGUCCUCAAAACAGAGACUUGAGUUGAUUCGAGUCCCCAUCUCUGGUAGUUACUCAGAUGCAGUAUUCAUAUUUCAAAUGAUGUCAAAGUUUUGGAAAGCCCUGCAUUUUACAUUUUUCUUUGGUAGAUGCAUUUUUUUUUUUUUGUUGCACAGCGACAGUAUAUGCAUCAAUCUUUUUUUCUACAUAGGACAGACAUUUUAAUUGUGCUAAGGGAUUUGUUUCUUAUUCCCUUGUACAAGUUUUUUUGCGGGGAUAGAGGGACUUUUCGAAAUGAAUUAUUCAUGUCAUUGAAUGUGUUAUAGAUCUUUUUUCCCCCCACUAUAGGAAAAAGCACAAACACAGCAGUGUGAACCCACAUAUAACCGUUUGGUCGUGGCGGCGCUGCCUGUGUUUACAUAUCAAAACUGCAUGUUGUUGUUGUUGUCAAGUGUAGGAACAGACGGUCACCAAAGUGUGUGGACGGGGAGGCAAUUUUUCCCAACUGUCUGUCUUGUGGUAAAGCAAAGAAACAUCUCUUCUAAUGAUCACUAUGCAUUAGGAGGUAAAUAUACUUUAACGCCAUCAAGUCCACACCGAUGUAAUGUAAUAGAUAUUAAACCGGACGUUAAUUUACAAUGGCUUUGAACUGGUCUGUUUAGAUACACAUACUUUUGCUACGGCCGCACCAUCGUAUAAGCUCCUACAAAAAGUGGGAGCUGUUGUUAAGAAGAAGGUGGCCUGAAAGGAAAGGGAUCCAAGUAUCGUUCCCCUACCUAGCAUCGUACCCUAACCCUAAAUUCCCUGGGAAGCGACCCACUGCUCCAGUGUGUCAUCACUGCUUUCCCCCAACCAUUCAUCCCCAAAAGAAUUCAGUCGGCGACGCACACACCUUUACCUUUCUCUAUUUACAUCUUUUUAAUAUUGUCGUCAUCCAUGGGUCUUUGAAAAAGUAAUGAACCUUUUUAGAUAAAGGGUACACCCCAAAUAACCAAGUGUCAAGGUUGGGGUGGGGUGGGGGGGUUCCAACUUUGACACCCCUAAGCGGGCCCACCCUAACCCGUUUUGAUACAAAGGCAGAUGCCCAGGGCCACUAAGCUGCAAUUGAUGCAGACCUCCCCCGCGCCAUUGCUGUGCAUCAGAAUCCUCAUCCUCAGCAUCUGAGGGGUUGCAGUAAAGUGUCCAGGUGCAUUCAAAUACCUCGGUAAAACACAGCACUUUCAUUCAAAGCCCGUCUGUUUGACUUGUGCAUGCUCUGCACCUGCCAGCCAGGUGAGCAGCAGCGGCGUUUGUGGGCGUGGUGCCGUCGACGCACUCUGCACUUCUUACUGCAUAUUGGCUUGACACCAACUGGUAAGACAGCCCCCCCUGGCGCACCCCGCAAAGGCAGCAGCGCAGAGCAGCAAACGGGCCGCGAUCGGCGCUUAUAAAUAAAUAAGAGAUCAUACGUAGGACGCCUCACUUCUUUAAAGCCUGGAGGAUGAACUUCAAGAGCCUGAGGGAGUACCUGGCCUGGCUCUACUACCAGUACCUUCUCAUCACCGGCAUCUACGUGUUGGAGCCUUGGGAGAAGUCCAUCUUCAACUCGGUCCUGUUCUCGGCCGUCGCCAUGGUGAUCUACACCUCCUACGUCUUUGUGCCCAUCCACGUGCGCCUGGCGCUGGAAUUCUUCUCUGGCAUCAGCGGCGGCCAGCCGGAGAGCGCCAUGGCCCUCAUGAACUGAGAUGGGGACGCAAUUCCCCCCACGGACAUUGAUUGAUUAGGAAUGAAGUCGAUUGUGUGGAAUUGAUUAUCACUUAAUCACGUUUUGACGCGAUAGCGACAAAACGGAAUGGCUGCUUGAUUCACUUUCAACUAGUUUGCUGUGUAAAGAAGUGCAACUUGACAGCUACAGGAAGCUGAGCUACAUCUACACUAUGGCAAGUCUUUGAUCGUGCUCGAUAUAACGUGGGCACAGAAGCAGAAGUUCAGAACACUGUUAGUCCAUGAUUUUAUCCAUCAAGGGAAUGUAAUCAAAUGUCCAUCCCUACUUUAAGAUGUCUGUCCUCUGAGCCAGUCAAGAUGAAGAUUACGACAUUUUCACGCCCAAACGCCCUGAAACAGUAUUAGAUUCUCAACGGCCAUUUUCACGCCCCCCCUGUCAACUGUCGUUUGUGUUGUUUUGAUUUCCUUUUCUCUCACCACAUGAUGCCUUGUGUAAGUGCCCGUCAGUUUUGCAUGAGAGGAUCCAGUACGAGCAGAUUUGCAUUCUCCUCUCACUACAAAAUUGGCGCUUCCGUAGACAUUGUCUUGAUCGUUCCACAAUGUUGUGUGACUUAUUAUUUCUGCUCAGUCUGCCUCGAUUUUCGGUGCUUCUCCAUACUUGUCCUUUUCAGUUUGUGUUAAACGUGCCAUUCAAUGGUUAAACGUGAAGCCCAUUUUGAGCUCUGUUGCUAACCAAAACAACAGCGCCUAUUGAGGCCAGUAAACGGUCUUUUAGAAUAAUUAAAGCUUAAAUGAGGUUGCCUGUUCUGCACUAAUGAUCUUACAGCUUUUUUUAAGGAGAGUUUCAGUAGCUCCUGAAAUGAAAGCCCCACAACGUUGUGUUUGUGAUUUAUUAGUCCCGCCCAGUCUGGAUUGGUUCGUGUUGGUGUUUCUCUGCAUUUCUAUGUAAUACAGUAAUUAGCGAGAGAUCAUGCUGGAAAUAGCGAAAAAAAAAAAGCAAAUCUGCUUUCUAAUCACGCGCUUCUUUGAUUUGCCACUUUUAAGGGCUUGAUAUUUAUACAAAGUUCUAUAUUUAUAUACAUAUACUGUACCGGUUAAUGCUUGGCUGGUUUCAAUGGCAAUUACCACUGGUUUUUUAUUUUAUUUUAUUUUUUAAAAUAUAGAUAUUUAUAUCUGUUGCAGGGCGGCACGGUGGACGACUGGUUAGAGCGUCAGCCUCACAGUUCUGAGGACCCGGGUUCAAUCCCCGGUCCCGCCUGUGUGGAGUUUGCAUGUUCUCCCCGUGCCUGCGUGGGUUUUCUCCGGGCACUCCGGUUUCCUCCCACAACACAAAAACAUGCAUUAAUUGGAGACUCUAAAUUGCCCGUAGGUGUGAAUGUGAGUGCGAAUGGUUGUUUGUUUGUAUGUGCCCUGCGAUUGGCUGGCAACCAGUUCAGGGUGUACCCUGCCUCCUGCCCGAUGACAGCUGGGAUAGGCUCCAGCACGCCCGCGACCCUAGUGAGGAGAAGCGGCUCAGAAAAUGGAUGGAUGGAUGGAUAUCUGUUGCAUUCUCUUGUGGCCCUAAAACACACCAUACAAUUUGCUCCAACUUUAUGUGCUUUUGUUACACAUGUAUCAUGAAUGAAAAUCUAUUUUUGUUUUAUUAUCAAAUCAAAAAUAAAGAUAUUAGAAACACAUAUAGUACUGCUCUUGCGCGGCUCAUGCACAGUAACUCGGCAGCAGUCACCAGGUCUUUCUUUGUGAAAUGAGCACGUUGCUGACACAAUAGUGUUGAUUCUUCCAAUAACAGACCAAGUCACCAAACCUGUUCUCCACCGCUGAUGGUGAUGGUGCAGCAAUGAAAAGCCUCAAGGGCUUCACUUUCUACAUGACUGUUUUUUCUGCACAUGCUGCUGCUGUGUGUGUGUGUGCGUCUUUGUAGUCUUAAUGACGUAACUAUAACAGUAUUGAUCUAAUACGUGACCGAGUAACAUUAAAUCACACACCUUUACUGAUCUUUUGCAUAUGGCAAAUAUUUUUUUCAUUCACCUUAAUUUACCUUACAAGACUAAUAAAGUAUAUGAUGGAUUUAUUUAUUACCUCAACUCUUGAUGUAUUCACAGCCAAA